UCGCUCGCUCGCCCGCUUGAAGCUGGUCAGUGGUCACCGAGGGGAGUUUAUAUCUUCAGAAGAUGGAUGAGGUCUGAUGGAGUUGUGUGUCAGCAGGGCAGGAGGAAGGUGCUGACUGUAAGAGUGCAAGAAAAGGAAGGGAGAGCAAGGAGCCUGGGGAGGAGAGAUCCCGUCCUUGCAGCGCAAGCAGCUGGUAUGAAGUGGAAAAUAAAUCCCUCUUUUCCUAAUUCACAAACCAUUCCCAAGCUUGAGCAGAAUAGCAAUCGCCAAAGGCUGAGAGAGUGAGAGUUGGUGGGUGAGUGUUUGAAUACCAGCCACAGGCUCAUUAUGGCUCAGGUGCUGCAUAUGGACCCCGGCUUCCCAGGGAAACUCAACCCGCCUGCUCCCCCUUCCCUGCACGGCAAAGAACAGGAGGCGCCCUACUCAGUGGAGACCCCCUAUGGCUACCGUCUGGACCUAGACUUCCUCAAAUAUGUUAACGACAUAGAGAAGGGAAAUACUAUCAAGAAGGUGCCUAUCCAACGCCGGCCACGCUAUGGCUCCCUGCCCCGUGGCUAUGGCUACGCCGGCUCCUGGUGGACAUCCACAGAGUCUCUGUGCUCCAAUGCCAGCAUGGACAGCCGGCACUCGUCCUUCUCCUACUGUGCCCCGGGCUACCACACAUCACAGAGACCCAGCUUCAGCACUGCCAGAGUGGAGAAGACCCUGCUGGAUGCACGCAGGAAGCUGGAAGAGGAGAAAGAGGGGCGUAGGUUCUCCAACCUGAGCAGCAUGCACAGCAGUGUGGCAGGCUCUAACACCUCCAUCAGCAGUGCACACAGCUUCAACCGAGCCCAGGGUGGAGGCGGAUCCUUUACCCCCCUAAGCUCUGGCCUCUCCACUCCAGUGACCCCAACCCCAGCCCACCUGCAGCACGUUAGGGAGCAGAUGGCGGCAGCCCUCAGGAAGAUAAGGGAGCUGGAGGAGCAGGUGAAGACCAUCCCUGUGCUCCAGGUGAAAAUCUCUGUGCUGCAGGAGGAGAAAAGGCAGCUCAGCGUCCAGCUGAAGAGCCAGAAGUUCCUGGGCCACACUCUGGGUUUCAAUCGAGGUCGUUCCCGAGGGGAGCUCUACAUCGACAUCCCUGAAGAAGAACAGAGCACUGGAGCUAAGAGCAGUAACAAGUCAGCAGAGCCGCUGUCUCCCACCACACCUGAGGUCUCCAAACAAGACUCAGGGUGUGAAAUUGAGGACACGGUAAUUGUGGGUGGAGCCCGACCGGAUGCAAAGCGGGAAGUGCGCACCAUCGGAGUGGGACCGGAGGACUCCAAGCGCAGUCGCGAGGUGGGAGUUGGGGUUCGGGAGGAGGACCUUGGGCUGCUGCCAGAGACAGAGGCUCUUAGGAGUCAAGUGGGUCAGCUUGAGGGCAAGCUAAAGAGGACAAUGCAGGAGCUGCAGGCUGCACAGCAGCAGGUAGCAGCAGUCCAGAAAACUCCUCAGGCAGAACAUCCAGUCAUGGCUACCAGCAUGGGCUGGCAGGAGCCACAAGGCUGCAGCCUGCACACUCUGGUCAGCUUCACACAGCAGCCCCAACAGAGGGAACAGAGAACUGUGGGAAUCCAGGUGUACACACUGGAGCAGCCUACUGUGGUGGAGGUGGGCACACUGCUCCGAGCAGAGACCUGCAGCUCCCCCUCCCUUCAGCCAGCUGGUGGAGUCCUGGAGGGCCACCACAGAGGACAAGCUGAAGAUGCUCCGGUUGAGCUGCCGAUUGCAGUCAGCUCCAAGCAGGUGCGCGAUGUCCUAAAGAGCGAGUUGUCCACCUCGGUACCUGUAGCUAAUCUUGCCAUCGCUGUAGGCACAUCUAAAGAAGGAGAGACACACCUGCAUACAAACACGGAGACCAUCCAGUCGCAAGAUGGUCCUAAGACAGCCACAUCUCCUCAGUCUCUGAGGUCCAUUAUGAAGCGGAAGGCAGAAGGUGAACCAGGCUCUCCCUCCACUAAGAAAAACCUACAGUUCAUUGGAGUCAAUGGAGGUUAUGAAUCCACGUCGUCAGACGACAGCAGCAGCGAGAGUUCAGACGAGGGGAGUGACUCCAGUGAGUAUCACGAAGCAAGAGAAAAACUACCAGAACCUACAGUCCAGCACCAGCAAGCAACCGGCACCAAGGUUUCUCAGCCACAAGAAAGCAACAGCGUACCUCAGCAGACUGCUGCAAAUAUACCAGCCGUCAUUCCAGAAACACGGCAGAGUCCCAACCAGUCUUCAACUGUAGACACAAAACUGCCGGACAAAGUCCCCCAGUCACCAGCAACGGAUACUGUUGUGCAGAAAUGUGCCUCACAGCCACCAGCCUCAGACCCCUCCCCGACUCCUUUGUGUCCAGCAAGCGACUCUGCCCCUCAAGAGACUGUUAACCAGUCAUUAGAAAAGCACACAGUCACAUGGGAGAUCACCUCCACAUCAUCAAGCUCUGAUCCCACUCCAGAGCAAAGCUCCGUAAAGUCCUCAGUUACCUGUUCAUCAUCACAGUGUGUCACUAAAACCACCGAGGUCACCAAGCAACAAUACACCGUCCAGUCGGAAACGACCAUCCGCUCAAGCCAGUUGGAGUCAAAGCCAGCAACUGAAAGCAACAAAAACGACACUGCCUCAGCAUCAGCCAAACAAGUCAGACUGGAGCUGAGUGACAACCUGAUGUCAGCUCUCUAUGCCCUGCAGAAAGCCCUGGGAGAACCCAACGCCUUUAGCCAACACGGAGCAAGGGCAGCCUACACCACCGUGCUGCAGGAGUGGCUGCGUGUGUCCUGUCACAAAGCUGCGGACACAGCUGUUGUCAAGGCCUACAUGGACACCUUCGCCUCAAUCUCCCCUCAGCUGCUGGAGUUUGUGAUCAACAUGGCAGACGGCAACGGGAAUACAGCGCUUCACUACACCGUCUCCCACUCCAAUUUCCCCGUGGUGAAACUGUUGCUGGACACUGGCCUGUGUAAUGCUGACAAGCAGAACAAGGCGGGCUACACAGCCAUCAUGCUGACGGCCCUGGCUGCCUUCCACUCCGACAGUGACCUUCAAACUGUCCUACAGCUGCUGCGCACAGGGGACGUGAAUGCCAAGGCCAGCCAGGCUGGUCAGACGGCGCUGAUGCUAGCGGUUAGCCACGGUCGGGGGGAUAUGGUGCGGGCGCUGCUGUCUUGUGGGGCACAGGUCAACAUCCGCGAUGAUGAUGGCUCCACAGCGCUCAUGUGUGCCUGCGAACACGGUCAUGUGGACAUUGUGCGUCAGCUACUGUCAGUGCCGGGCUGUGAUGCCACUCUCACCGAUAAUGACGGCAGCACUGCGCUGUCCAUUGCCCUGGAGGCCAGUCAGAAUGAUAUUGCAGUGCUUCUUUACGCUCACCUCAACUUUGCAAAGCCUCCUUCCCCUGUGUCACCUAAGUCUCCUCUCUUGGGUUCCUCUCCUCCUUCCGGUGAAACAAAAUAAACCUCGCACCUUCUGUAGCCGACAGUAGCUCUACAGCAAAUCCACUGCAACUGCUCAUAUUCACGGCGUGAUUUUAUUUUAAUUGUGUAAUUAAGAAAAACAUUGAGUUUUUGUGUGUGUUCGUUUUCAUCCUCCAUAAUUUAAGUACAUGUGCAGAUAAUUACGUGACAGCUUGCACCAUUGUUUGCUGCUUUUGUACACAGUGGUCUCUUUUUAAUCACAGUGGUGGUUGAAAACAUGGAUUUCUUGUGUGGUACAAUCUGAAAAACUGAACAUCUAGAAAGGCUGUGUAAGCAUUAGUUCAAUCUUGCAAUAACCCAGUUGUCAACACUGUUUUUAGUAGCACUUACCAGUCAAAACUGUUCACCAUGAUAACAUUAUACAGUUCAUUAUUAUACACUUGUUUUUAUUUCAUACGGAUCUCGUAUUUGUUGCUUUAUUGUCAUUGUAAUAUGUACAAUAGCUAUUACACAGUAGCAUCAUUAUGUGUGUGACCAUCACAGUCAUUUGGAAUAACAAAAGCCACCCCUCUUAUGGAUAAGUGCCCUUGCAUCAACGAGCUCAUUGGUGCUACGAAAAUAUAAUUCAGAAAACACCACUUCAGCAGUCUAUCAAUAUUUAUACACAAGAUUUAUUUACACUAGAGUAUUUUUGAUAUUAAUUUUUUUUAUUCCGACUUAAUUGAUGACCUCCAAAGAUCAGAAUUUUAAUUUCCCAGGCAAUGGUUUACGUACGACACCUUUUUAACCAGAGGACAAAUUGUAUUUUAUGUAUCGACCACAUUUCCCAAAUUAAAGACGUAUCUCUCCUCUCAGCUCAGUGACACUGUAUAUUGAGGUGAUGAUAUUGACACAGGCCUGGCAUCAGUGAGGAAGACAGGAGAGGUCAGUGAUACUCUCUGAAGGCUGCGGUACUAUGGUCAUUGUAUUUUUAUAGAUGAAGGUAUUUUGGAUGGCUAUAAGGAAAGAUUAGAGUGCAUCUGUGUGUGUAAUAUUCUUUGCUUAAAAGAUUUAACAAGACUUUGUUGAGAAACGACUGAAAGCACUGGUGGAGCCACCUCUGCUGUGGUCAUGCUGGUAAAAUGUGUCAUGGAACCAGGAAGUGACUGAUUGGAGUCUUAAAAGGACGUGCCAUGUAAGAUAUGAAUUUCAAAAUAAUAUAUAUCAAUAUAAACUGAUAGAUAUUAUGGCUAAAAUCAAAUUCCUUGAACAGAAGUGCACAGGCUAUUGAUGUCAGAAAUUUCUAUUACUUUUUGAAGUUUUUUCUCGAUUUUCAUAUUCACUUUUAAGCAACUGAAUUUUUAUAAACUUUCAAUUUUUUUUAUUUAAGUAUCUAUCUUUUUAUACAUUUAGAAUUUUUAAGCUCACACUUAAUGUAAUCGCACAGCUCUUUAGUUUAUGUUUGAUGAAGGUUUAUCUAAAAUUUGAGGUUGUGUUUUUCUUGUCUUCUAAUUUGUGUGUUUUGGAAAAACAAUGAAUUAAUAAAUGUGGACCACA